AUGGAAUGGAGCUCUGAUGUGGACUGUCAGUACAAACCGCCCAUAUCGUCAGAGUGUUUAUUAAAAAUUUGUCAUGAAAGAGGACUAAGAAAUUACACAGUUUUUCUUAAAGGUAUAGUGAAGAAUAUAAACGCAAACAAUCCUAAAAUUUUGAAAGAUGAAAUAUCUAGCAAAGUGGCUUUAGUUAAAAAUAUUGACUUCAUUAAAAUUAUAAGAUAUGGAAGGCUUCUAAUAAAUACCUCGGUGGCUGAAUGUGCAUGGCAAGUUUUAAACAUAUCUGAAUUGCAUAAUAUAAAGGUCUUCCCGAUGCUUGCCAUGUCUGAACUGACAAGCAAAUUUCUUCUAUCAUCCAUUCCAGUAGAAGUUGAGCUCUCAGAGCUAGCUAACGAGUUGAAUUAUAAUAACGAGAUUGAAGUAUUAAAUUUAAGAAGAUUUUUAGCGAAAAGUCCAGACAGUAAUAAGAAACCUCCAGAAAGAGUACUCGUUACGAUUGCAAGACACCACUUACCAGAAUAUGUAAAAAUAUGUCUGACAAGACAUAGGAUCACAAGGUUCUACGAUAAUCCAAGGCAAUGUCCUCAAUGCCUGAGGUUUGGUCACGGGAUUAAAAGCUGCAGAGGAUUAGUCAGACGUAGCAAAUGUAGCGAAAAUCACACCAGGGCACAGUGCCAAAGUGAGCAGAUCAAGUGCGCAUUGUGCAGUAACUCACAUGAAGCAUCCUCGAAGAACUGUCCCAAAUACAUCGAAGAGGGCAAUAUUCUCAAAUAUAGUGCUGACCAUCAUGUUCCCGUAGUAGAAGCAAGGCACGCUGUAGCAAACUAA